AUGGCCGGUUUUACUGAGAAUGCUUUAGUAAGAAAGUUACAAGAACUAAAUUCAAGUCAACAAAGUAUACAAACAUUAUCACUGUGGCUUAUACAUCAUAGAAAACACCAUGCCGCUAUCGUAAAAACAUGGUAUAAAGAGCUUUUGAAAGCAAAAGAUAGCAAACAGUUAACUUUCAUGUACUUGGCGAAUGAUGUAAUACAAAACAGUAAGAAGAAAGGUCCUGAAUAUGGAAAGGAAUUUGGCAAUGUUCUUGUGGAUGCAUUUAAACAUAUGGCCAAAACUGGAAUUAAUGCAAAAACCAAACAUUCACUACAUAGAAUACUGAAUAUCUGGGAGGAAAGAGGUGUAUAUGAACCUCAGAAAAUUCAAGACUAUAAAGUAGCUGUUGAUCCAAAUGAUGCAGAACCAAACAAUGCAUUGCUGGAGCUGGAAUCAAGUGCUUCAAGUGAUGAAGCAGUGAGAGAGAGAAUUGCAUCAUUACCGCCAGAAGUGUCUGAAGUGCAAUUAUUGUCUAAGUUAGAAGAUAAGGAAUCAGCUGAAAGUCUAAGUGCUGUAGUAAAUUCUGCAGUGGAGUUAUUAGCUGAAUAUAACUUAAGAUUGUCCGAAGAAUUGGAGAAGCGAAGAAAAGUAGCGGCCAUGUUGAGAGACUUUGAACAAGCUCAAAGAGAGCUCGCUAAGAAGGCUGAAGCUAAACUUGAGGAAUACAACAUAAAACUACAAAAAGUAUACGAAGUGAAGGCAGAAGUGAAGUCCCAUAUAGAGAACUUGCCGGACGUGUCCCGACUACCAGAUGUCACCGGCGGCCUUGCGCCUCUGCCCUCUGCCGGGGACCUGUUCAGUCUA